GCUAAACCAAUCCGAAAACACACUGGGCAGGGCGCCCUCUGUGGUAUUUGUGAAGUUGUGACAAGAUGGCGUCCCCCAGGUGUGUUGAGAACCCGGAGAUUUUGGAAUAUCAGAGAUUUCUAGACGAUGGAAUUCGAACGCAUUCUUCAGAUGAGCAGAUAAAUGUGGAAGAAUCUGUGGCUGAGAUGUUUGAGACCUUCCUGUUGUCCAGAGAUGACGACCAUCCAGAUAAGACAAAGCCCCAGUUGCACCGGAAACGUCACAUCAAUUUCCUGCUCAAGGGGCUGGUCUGCCUGUCAGAGUCUUACGAAUGCCUGGAUGCCUCCCGACCCUGGCUCUGCUAUUGGAUCCUGCACAGUCUUUACUUACUAGAUCAGAAGGUCCCUCAAGAGGGCAACUCAGGGGUGGUGCAAUUUUUAGCCAAAUGCCAGCAUCCUGAAGGUGGUUUUGGAGGAGGUCCAAUGCAGUUUGCCCACCUGGCUCCUACAUAUGCCGCAGUGUUGGCACUGAUGAUAGUCGGUACAAGAGAAGCUUACGAAGUCAUCGACAGACCCAAGUUACAGUCUUUUCUGAUGAGGAUGCGGUCACCAGAGGGCGCUUUCCGUAUGCACGAUGGUGGUGAAGUUGAUGUAAGGGGAGCUUACUGUGCAGCUGUUGCAGCCAAGAUAAGCAAUGUGGCAACUCCUGAAAUGUUUGACGGCACAGCUGAGUGGAUUGCAAGUUGUCAAUCAUAUGAGGGAGGUUUUGCAGGCCAGCCUGGUAUGGAGGCCCACGGUGGCUACUCCUUCUGCAGUGUAGCUGCCUUGGUGCUACUCGGUCAUGAGAGGCUUUGUGACACUGAGGCAUUGCUGAGAUGGCUGAGUAACCGACAGAUGAGGUAUGAAGGAGGUUUCCAGGGCCGGACCAACAAACUAGUGGAUGGUUGUUACUCCUUCUGGCAAGCUGGGACCUAUCCUCUCAUCCACAGUAUACUUGGAUCUCACGACGACACUGCGCUCAGCACUACCGAUUGGAUAUUUGACCAAAUGUCAUUACAGGAGUACAUUCUUCUGUGCUGCCAGCACAAACAUGGAGGACUGAUCGACAAACCUGGAAAGGCUCGGGAUUUUUACCACACGUGUUACUGCUUGAGUGGCCUAUCUGUUGCUCAACAUUUUGCUGCUGGGAAGAUGGCCCAAAAGCCCCUACUGGGACCAUCUGGAAAUGAAUUGAAACAAAUCCACCCGCUGUACAAUAUAGGCCUUGAGCCCGCCUACCAUGCCAACCAGCAUUUUGCUGCCUUGCCAGUGCCAAAGUGACAGGCCAAACCAUCUGCUUGGCAGGAACUGAUGGAACAGGUAGCUGAAGAUUUCUACUGGUGUAGACAGGUUUGGACAGGUUCGGCUAAUGUUACAAUUGCUUGUAGCUCUCUCUCAAUAAUUUGAAAUGCAUUUGGCUCAUUUGAAUAAAACAUAGAGAGAUACAGCUGGUCUUUAAGGAGACUUUGUGUUUGAAGGUGGACUUCACAGCAAAAUUUUGAAAAAGCAAAAUAGAGUUUGUUUUGGAGUUAGUUUGUUCACCUCUGAUGAGGUGUAACACUUCUAAUGGAAGUUUGACUGUAUUCUUCACACCAGUCAAGGAUAUGAUUGACUGUUUGAAGUGCACAUUCACAUAAGUAAAUUUGCUCAGUAAAGCUGAGAGUGAGGCUGAACUGGCAAGCUUCUACAAUAUUUCAUGGGUUCUUCAAUACACAAAUGCACAGCAAGCUGCAUGGUAUACUAGUUGUGCAAGUAUAGCAUUGAUGAGUUCAUUCCACUAUGGCCAUUUCCAAUCCAAGAGAGAAAAGGUGGCUUUUUCUUCAGACACUGCACAUUGUGUUAGGUAAUUUAAACCAACUGGGGCUAAUUCCAAACAGGAUUAUCUGGUCGAACUGUGAUGCCUUAGCAUUUGGUGCAGUAACUCGUCCAUGUAAACGUGUUCUGUGUGAGAUUUGUCGCUUGUGCAAACUUAAAAUUAAAUGUCACUUUGAAGUGUACAAUGUCAAGUGUGAUUCCUAGUCUUAUUCAUGCUGUUGAAGUUCUAUAUUAGGGCAGCUGUACUUAAUUCUGUGGUUUUCAUUUCCAAUAGAAACAGACUUUUUUUUAGCCCAGACCAAGGAAAAGAAAACAAAAUUAUGCUGCUGACCCUGUCUAAAAUUUUAAAAAUAAGAAAAAAUGAUAAGCUUAAGAGUUCCUUCAAGCAAGUAAUGCUUUCCCUUGUCCCAAAUCAACCAACCCUCCCUCAAGGUGCCAAAAAAUAUAUUGGAAUCAUAGCAUUAACUAUGGAUGCCCUUAUAGAAUUUUAUUAUUGUGCAAAAAGUCACUGGAUUCUAUUCAGAAAUUGUACAAACAUGUAGCACAUUGUGGUCUCUUACAAGAGCUGCAGACAUGUAAGGAGGGUUUGCAAGAUUGCCAUCUUGCAGGCCAGUGCUUUUGUUCCACAGAAUAUAUACAAGGGAAGCUUCCUUGUGGAACAAAAGCCCUGCAAGAUGGCUACCAUGCCAAACCUCUGUCAGAUGUACUUUGUUCAUAUACAGUUCACACAAUCGGCUUUCAUGGGUGCGCAAACCUAUUGUGCCUUUUACUUGAAGGGAACUUCACUUGUACCCACUGCCUUUGUGGAGCAUUGGAAGGGACUAAUCCUAUUCACAGAAAUUUGGGAAGAAAGUUCUGACAUUACAAAGCAUUGUGGGUUACUGUCUGAACCAGUGCAUGCGUACAUUUAAACCGGCUUAUUGUUCAAAUGAAUUUUAAGCCAAGGAGGCCUUGAACAGAUUAUUGUAAAUCAUGCAUCCUGACAAAAUUACUCCAAAGAGCAGGGGGAAACACUUGCCAGAGUCCAAUUUCACAGAAUGUUUUUCAGCAGCUUUGUGGGCAGAACACAAAACGGCUGAGAACCAGUCACAAGAUGUAUGCAUAUUGACUGGCACUUUGGUUGGUGACCUGUUAUUGCUUGUUUUUAUAGCAGUUCUUUGAAAUUGUUUCCCGAGUGUGUGACACAAAUGGGGCCAAAAUGUCCAUCAUAGAAUAGCAGAUAUAUUUGCAAUUUCUUAGUGUCAGUAGCACAGCUUGUGUUGUAACUUUUCAUGAACAAAUAACAACGUAUCGGUGAUAUCCCAGCAAACUUCUCUUCCAUUUCUGAUGCUCCAGUCAUGCCAAAUUUUAGCUUGAACUGAAAUCUUUAGAGUUUGGGCAUCAAGUUGUCUGAGAUAGACAUGAUGAAAAGGACAUCUGACAUCAGGUUUGAUGAAGUUUGCCAUAGGCCUACCUCACUUAAUUUCAUUACUUAUGAAUCAAAUCAUUAGUUUGGUAAACCCAUGUCAUACUUUGUUUCUUGGAACUUUGGAGCUUAGAAAAGAGUCUGGGUCCUAUAACAUGCAUGACAGGAUACCGCCUAGUUUUCACAACUUACCACAUCAUGCAUGAAUGUAUUCGAAAAUGAAACAUGCAAAACUGAGAGUUGGUAAACUGCCAAGAUAAUGGAGUGAAAUCAUUUCAACACUGGCAGCUAAAAUAUAAAUCAACUUGACAUAUGGCAGAAGCUAAUCAGGUAUGUUUUACAAGACUUGAGAAAAAUGCAAGUGUUAGAGAUAUAAAUACAUGUACAUGUACUGAGAAUGUUUUAAGGUCAUGACAGCAUUUCCGGUUGGCCUUAUUAAAAAGCAGUAUGUCAGUAUGAGGAAAAUGUGUGGAUCUCUUAAAAAUGAACAUGAUGGAAAACUUGUCAUGUUUAGAAUUUGCAUUAGAAGCUGUGUGUGCAGUUAAUUGAAACUUAAUUGACUUGUAAAUUCCAGGAAGCCUGCUUCCUUUGAACAUUUUUCCUUCAAAGCUUGUCUGUGAAGUAGGUCUUUUGGUGUAAAAUUCUGACACUACACUAUGCUCUAUCCCCUGCCAUUGUGGUAAAUUUUGAGAAAUGGCUCAUCGUAAUGCAUUAGACAUGAGGCCUAGUAGAGCUUUGUUUAUAGCCUAAGGAGGCACAUGGCACCAAGAUGAAAUUUUGGAAUACAUGUACUUCAAGAAUAACGAAUUCUGGAUAAGCUAAGCUCAUCUCUGAAUAACUUGGCAGCGGCUUAAAUUAUGCUGGGAACUUUGGUGGUGGUUGCAGCCAGUUCCCAUAGAGUCGUGUGUAAUUUUAAGUCACAGCCAAGUGAUUCAAAUGCGGCCUUAGACUGCCAUAGACUUAAGAUCAGAUCAGUGUUGUAUGAAUGCUUUCUUUGGCACACUGGGCCAUCCAUGGUCCAUAUUGUAGUUGCUUUGGGUGUUCGGUUAACUUUGUUCUUUGGUAAUCUGUAGCAUAUGACAAAUGCCAACUUGUUUGAAACUGGAUGUUUGCAAAUGCUGCAAUGAAACAAUUUCAGAGGAGUGGUAUCUGCGGAUGGGCAUUACAGACUACCGGUACAUUGGGUGCGAGUGGGGAUGGAGAUCUACAUUGUCUUGGGAUGAGAUAUUACGAGUAACUUUUUCUUUCAGUACCUUCAGAGAAAGAAUCUACCUCACAGCAGACCUUGUGAGUUUUAAUUGUUUACUUUUGUAUGCAAAAAGUGGAUUUGACCAGGACAAAAAUUGCGUGUGACUCAUUUGUUAUGAAUAUGUUCCGAGUAUCAAUCCAACGAUUUAAUUCAAACUGAAUCGUGGAAUGAUAACUCUUGAUGCUAUUUCACCUGACAAUCCUGAAGAUUGAUUUAUUUGUGCUGAAUAUUUGCAAUGUGACACUUGUAAUUUUUGUUGGUAAAUCUUGCACAAAGAUUUUUUAGUCAGUCUGUUUCUUUCAUGGGGGGGGGAGUAGUGGACACAGUCAGUGAAGUAAUUAUGACAAGUGUUGACAAAAUCCGUCUUUACUCUCGUUGUGGUUGCAUUCUGUAAUGUUUUGUGCCCAUUUGUCAUGAGCCUUAAUUUAGCUGUACGUCUGCAGACAUAUAAGAGUGGAUAUGUUGGUCUUUCCAAAUUCACUAAUGGCUCCUCUAUGUAGUUUUUUGUGGCAAUAAACUGUAUAUUUUGGAAAGCCUUACAGGUAAUCACCCCAUGGAUAUGAUUGCCUAGUCACUGGCUGUAUCAUUAUAGCGGUCUAUUAAAAGUGCAGAGUGGAAGAAAGUAACCGA